CCCAGGGUGCCCUUGGUGGAAGUCUACGAAGCGGCCAUGGUGCUGAGUGGAGUGGGGGAUGCGCUUGGGUACCGGGGGGGCCGCUGGGAGUACUGCACCUCGGGACCCCAGAUCCACGUUGAGCUGGCUGAGCUGGGGGGGCUGGAGGCUAUCACCCUUGAGCCCCCCGAGUGGCCUGUCAGCGAUGACACCAUCCUCCACCUUGCGACUGCUGAGGGCCUAGCCACAGGCCUGGAGGGGGAACCCCUCCUGCAGGAGCUGGCUCACCGCUACGUGGCUGCCAUGGGUGACAUGGAGGGCCGAAAGCCAGGGCCCACCAGUAUCCUGGGCACCUCACAGCUGCGACCUGGGGAGCCUGAGGGCUAUCGCAUCCCCUUCAACCCCACCGCCACUGGCUGGGGGGGCGCCACGGUAGGGGCCGCCAUGCGUAGCCUGGCCAUCGGCCUCAGGUACCCGCAUGCCUGGGAGCUGCCGACGCUGAUUCGAGUGAGCAUUGAAAGUGGGCGCAUGACCCACCACCAUCCCACCGGGUACCUCGGGGCAUUGGCGGUGGCCCUCUUUGGGGCACUGGGGGCUCGAGGGGAGCCCCCAGAGCGCUGGGGGGCCGAGCUGCUGCGGGUCCUGCCUCUCGCAUGGGACUACGUGGAGAGUGCUGGGGUGGCUGUGGGGGAAAACGCUGCCGCCUGGUCCUUCUUUGGAGAUGCCUGGCACCGGUACCUGGAAUCCCGAGGGCUUCUGGAGGGUUGUGGCCCACCACAGAUGCCAUCUCUUUCAUCACCGGCCGAGCGGGAUGCAGUGUACCUGGGCUGGGCACUGGAGGGGUGGCCAGGGCGCAGUGGCCAUGAUGCACCCAUGGUGGCCCUGGAGGCCCUUCUGGCAUCCGGAGGAUGCUGGGAGGACCUGUGUAACAGAGGGGUGCUACAUGGUGGGGACAGUGAUUCAACAGGAACCAUCGCCGCUGGGUGCUGGGGGCUGCAGGAGGGGCUGGCCUCCGUCCCUCCUGGGCUUCCCUGCUGCCUUGAGCACCGUGGGCGGCUGCGCGAUGCUGCCCAUCGCCUCCACAUGCUGGCCUGGGGGAGACACUAA